UGGACCGACCGGCCCAGAAGCCUGUCCGAAGAGCUUCCGGAUCGUCUGAGCAAAAUCACCGCCAAUCGGCGUCGCAAAUCUCUGCCCCAUUACUUUUCCCCGCUGCAAUUUUCAGUUGCUGCCGCGGGAAACAGCCGGAAGAAAGUUGUUCGACUGCGAAUUCAUCGCCAAAGCCUCCGUCGGCGCUGCAAGCAAUCAAUUCCGUAGUCGGAAGUGGGAAUGAGUAAGUAUGGUUUAAACCUGCGGGUACCCAAGUCGCAGCAGAAUAAGAGGCCGCCAAGGCCGCCGCCUCCCAAGGUCCUGGGAUUCGGGGACGAUGAAGAUGAAGAUGUGGAGAAAGAGAUUCUGCGGCAAGCUAGCAAGAACAAGUCUCUCAAAGAUAUUGAGGAGCAACACAAGAAAGCAUUGGAGGAGGAUCCAUCAGCGUUUGACUAUGAUGGAGUUUACGAUGAGAUGAAGCAGGCAGUUGUUCGUCCACGGAUUGAAGAUAAGCAACAGAGAAAGCCUAAGUACAUCGAGGCUCUGAUGCAGAAAGCAAAAGAGAGAGAACGUCAACAGGAGGUGGUGUUCGAGCGAAAGAUUGCCAAAGAAAGAAGCCAAGAUGACCAUCUAUAUGCCGACAAGGACAAAUUCGUUACAAAUGCCUACAAGAGGAAACUCGCAGAGCGUGAGCAGUGGUUGAAAGAAGAAAAACUCCGUGAACUCAAAGAGCAGAAGGACGACGUUACCAAGAAGAGCGAUUUGAGCGACUUUUACUUCAACCUCAGGAAGAACGUUGCCUUUGGUGGUCAAGACGCAGAGAAGAGGCGGCAAGAGAAGUGGGCUACUGAAGCCAAGAAGGCGGAGGAGCAGAAGCAAGACGUCGAGGAAUCCUCGGCAGCAGGAGCAGAAUCAAAGGCAACCUUACCAUCAUUACCUGAGUCUGAGAAGCCAUUGGAUCCAUCGCCGAACCCUGAUUCUGAAACACAUCUCGAGUCUACAGAUCUCAAGCCAACAGCUGAUAAGCCAGUCCCUGAUGCUUCUUCCUCAGGACCCGCAGAAGAAGUAACCACGGAAGAGCAGCCACCACCAGCUAAGCAAGCAACAGCCGACCAUUAUAAGAGAAAGCAAGAUGAGAUCAAUGCAGCGAGAGAACGGUUGUUGGCCAGAAAGAGAGCAAAACUGCAGCAGCAGAUACUGUAGGAUGGUGGUAAGUACUAAUUAGUCCUGUGCAUGAAGGCCGGUGAACCUUUUCUUGUAUCCAACUUGACUUGUGCUUUGAAAUUGUGGAAAGUGAAUGCUUAACCUAAAAGUCUGUCACUGUGUAAGUGCUUACUGAUUGUUAAAUUAUACGAGGUCUGGCCCUCCUUAUGUUCUUAGAGUUCGAAAGCAUUUUGAUAGGAAAAACACAAACUAAAACAACUUUGUAUGAACUUACAGUGUGAUGGAUGGUUUUAUCCUCGUAAUAUCAAUAGGUUAAUCGUUCUUCUACUGGCGAUUAUAUUGUUAUCUUCUUCAGCAGAGCCUUAUGUUUGUUUGGACUACCUGUAGGCUUGAUUCUUAUUAUGUAACAAAAGUU